AGUGCGCAUGCGUGCUCAAUGGUUGAAGGCGAUCAGAUCGUUCUUGAUUGUAGAUAGACCCUUGAAAAAUCGUCUCACUUAUGUGGAUAUUUAUCUGACCCUGCGAGGAAUUUACUAAGGGGUUCCUAAGGAACUUGUCUAUCACUUUGUCUUUCAAAUCUAGUCCCUAGCAGCUAGCCACCGAUACAAUGAGGACGUUUCUCCUGGUGUUUAUAUGCAGUGUCGUCCAGUUGAUCAGCCUAUCAGAACAAAAAUCCUUGACGGACUACAUCAAAUACUAUGAGGAGCUGCGCUUGGAUCCAGUCAGUAUUCACCGAGACCAUGAGCGUGUUCGUCGGUCACUGGACUCACACUUAUACCUGCGCUUUAAAGCUUUCAAAAGAGAUUUUCACUUAAAAUUAGAAAAGGACACGUCCGUUUACAGCCCGGAUCAUGUAACAUCUAGCUUUGAUGGACAUUUGCAACCAGUAGAUACGUCAUUUAUAUACCAAGGAGUACUUGAAGGUGUGCCUCGAAGUUACGUUCACCUUUCUAUCAUCAACGGCACAACUCGGGGGCAUGUUCACAUCCCAGGGGAGACAACUUACCAUAUAGAACCUGCAGCGCAGUAUAUGCAAAACCCACACUUUCAUUCUGUGAUAUACGAUGAACAGCAUGUUGACCUUGACCCUUACAGACAUCGGCGCGAGGCGGAGAGUGCAACGUGCGGCAAUGAUCAUCAUUUUGAAUGGAUGAAGCGCGUGUCAGAGUCAGCAUACGAGGCACCGAACAGAGCGAAGAGGGCAACUGAGAACUAUGAAGAGCCGGCCUACUCCUACAACAAAUACAGUGAGGCAUUGAACCGCCAGAAGAGGGCUCCCCGGAACCUUGGCGGAAAAAACACAUGUUACCUCUAUCUGCAGUCUGACCCGAUGUUGUGGAACUAUGUGAAGAAAGAGAAGUUCCCUAGAACAACACUGAGUGAUGAACGAGCUAAGGAGGAGAUAUUGGCAUUCUUUGCCAGUCAUGUGGCCGCCCUGAAGUCAAUCUACUCUACAACGACGUUCAGCACAUACGAUGACUCCAUCUCGUACAAGGGCAUCAACUUCCUGGUCCAGAGAACCAGGAUAAUGACCGACACUACUGAGAAGUGCAAUACUGCUGCAGCUACUGCAUGGUGCAACCCCAACAUUGAUGUCAGCAACUUCCUCAACCUCAACUCCAUGGAUAACCAUGAUGAUUUCUGCCUGGCAUAUGUCUUCACAUACCGUGACUUCAUCCAAGGGACCCUGGGACUGGCUUGGGUCGGUUCAGAGACAAAGGCGGCUGGCGGUAUCUGUGAACAGUUUAAGGAGUACCCCGAGGGUAACCAACGUGUUGGGAAGAGUCUCAACACCGGGAUCGUCACCAUCGUCAACUACGGCAAGCCCGUACAGGCCCGGGUAUCACAGCUGACUUUUGCUCAUGAGGUCGGACACAACUUUGGAUCUCCGCACGACAAGGGCCCAACGUGUGCCCCCUAUGGAACCAGUGAGCCUGAUGCGUCCAGUGGUAACUACAUUAUGUUCGCGUCUGCCACUCUCGGUGACAAGGACCACAAUGACGAGUUCUCCACCUGCAGCCGUGACAACAUCACCCGUGUCCUUGAUGCCGUUGUCAACAAAAGAUACAGCAAGAUCGACUGCUUCAACUCCUCUAAGUCUGCCUUUGAGGCGAUCGCAAUGUGGUGGCAUCACAGAGGAAGGGAGGAGGCGACAAAGUGUGGCUAUUUGCAGAUUUUUGUCGCCAGUGACUGUGACCAAACUGACGCCUGCUGCUACGGUAAAGGCAGCACCGAGGGCAGUGAGUGCAAGCUGCGUCCCGGCAAAAGCUGCAGUCCAACAGCCGGGCCCUGCUGCAAAAGGACUGUACCUUUCAGACUGGCAACCUGUGCAAGAAGAAAGAUGACUGCUCCAAGGAUUCAACAUGCGAUGGAACAAAGGCUGCCUGUCCGGAUCCACAGAAGGAGGCAAACAACACCUUCUGCAACAGCUUCUCUCAAGUUUGUACCAUUGGGGAGUGCAUCGGCUCAGUGUGUCAGAAGAUUGGCUGGGAGGAGUGUUUUCUCACUUCCUCUGCCGACGGAAAUGGACCAUCCAGAGAGGAGCUUUGUUUUGUGUCGUGUUGCAGGGAAAACAAGUACAUCUGCCUGUGUGAGCUCCUACAACUCAGCCGAGAUUGACAAGCCAGAAAAUCUUGCUUUUAAGACCCUAUUGGAUGAUGUGAAAAAAUUGAAAAAUGGCACAAGUUCUACCAUACCCGGCAUUCAGCUUCCUGCAGGAUCUCCAUGCGAUAACUUCCGCGGCUACUGCGACGUGUUCCACCGAUGUCGCGGUGUUGAUGCUGAUGGUCCACUUGCUCGGUUGAAGAACCUCAUCUUUAACCCUGAGACUCUACAGUCUAUCAGAGAUUGGAUUGUGGUGAACUGGUGGGCAGUGAUGUUAAUGGGCAUCGGUCUGGUGGUGGUCAUGGGAGUGUUCAUCAAGGUCUGUGCCGUCCACACACCCAGCAGCAACCCACGGAAACCUGCUGCCAGGAAGCUAACAUUACCACGACGACAUGGUAACCAGGGAAACAAACCACAGGCUCGCUCAGUACCUGUACAUGAUCCUCCACCACCCUACAGCAGUGCAGCCCAUGGCGGACCCCCAGCCCCUGGGCAUGGCAAGAAUCAUCAUCGUCAUAACAACAAUAAACAGGGUGCAAAAAAUAGCCGACAAGCACAACGAUACGAGAUGCAGCCUCGUGCAUAUUCGGGGGUUCCCUACUAUGAUCGAGACGAGUACUACAGGUGAUGUUGUUACUUUAGCAACAUGUACUUUGUUAUCAUAGCAACAUGUACUCGCAUACCUAGAUAUCUAACCAUAGGAAAUGCUUCAGUUUUUAAUGCAAAUUAAUUUAUUGCAAUUUGAAUCAAUUUCCAUUGAUUUUUUAUCCUGCUGUAUUUUGUUGAUGUUCUGUUUUGAUAAGACUUGUUUCUGUAAGAGAUAAUUCCAGUUAAAUGAUCUGAUGAACCAGUGUGAGUUUAGAAAGUAGUAUUAAAAUUUAUUUUCAUUAAAAGUUUAAAUGUUUAGCCUGUGAUGAAACUGGACCUACUGCUAGUGUGAAGCUCCAGGGGUCGGAUGAUGCCUUGUGCUGAUUGGUUGCAUGUCCUGUCAAUCAAACAUUCAUGUGACAUACACAGUGGGUAUCAGGCAUGCUUUCACCUAUAUUUUAUACCAAUCUUUUCAAUGAAGGACAGAUAAGGAGAAAUAUUACCAAAGUUUAAUUAUCAAUUUCAAAUAUAUGUGUAUAUUUUUCAUUGAAGUAUUGUAAUAAUCUCUGUGGUGUUUAUUAUGUAUACAUAUAUAUGCAUAGAAUGAGAUAAUUAAUUUAUUAGCUUCAUGUGUGAUAGAACUAGUGAUUCAUGAAGCACUACUGUUUUGUAGAAGUUUUUAGAAACAAUUCUUUUAUUCAAUAAAGACUGCCACAGUGAUCUUAAUACCUUGAUCCUGUGGGGAUUAUUACAAAGUACAUAAAUGCUAUCACAAAUUCUAUUGGCUGACACUGGUUGCAGUGCUGUGAUUGACAGAUGGUUCACCAUUCCCAUUGGUUACUAACACAGCCAAUCAUCGCUUUGCAUGGUUCCUGUAGAAUGCUGCUGUAAUGUUUCAGCAAAAAUAAUUGAGAAACUUUUAUUUCAUUUUUGCUGUUGGUUAUCUUUCUUUAUAGCCAGUUGCUCCUGAUUUAAAUACAUCAGCACCCUAGUUUUGUAGAUGGAUUCUUCAUAUAUACGCAGACCGAGUCACUACCAUGUACCUUGUUAUGUACCUUCUAUGUUCAUUUGCCUUCUAUUAACAGUUGAUCCUCAGAUUCCAUAAUUGCUUGUUAUCACACAACAUUAAACACGGGAUAUACAGUAAUUACUACAUGGGCGGGGCGUGUUAUUGUCUCUUAUUUUCACUAACAUUACAGUAGUUGGC